GAAAAGUAGAGUAGCUUAUAUAAGGCGCGUCGGACCGCCAAGGCCGUCCGAUUGCCGAAAAAAGAGACGUCCCCCUUUCUCAUACCUUUUGUUCCUUCCAUCCCCACAUCAACUGCUUCUCCCCUCACUCUCUCCUUACCGAUAUCCACUCCCAUCUACGCUACACGUUACGCGGGUUCAGAGGCUUCUUACUUCUUCACUUCAUUCUUCUCAUUGACACACACAUAGCCAUGGCUUCUUUCGGAGGUCCCAUCGCUCGAGACUCCACCGGCACAGUCCGUCGUCGAGAAGUCACUCUUUCAACGCGCGAAAAGCAGCUGUACGGUCAGCUAUGGGCUGCAGCAGACAAGGACAGCAGCGGAUUCAUCACUGGUGCCGACGCAGUGCCCUUCUUCGCUAAGAGUGGGCUGUCACCACAGAUUCUAGGACAGAUUUGGGUACUCGCCGACUCCGACAACAAGGGCGUCCUAGGACAGCAGGGGUUCAGCAUCGCGGUCAAGCUGAUUGCGCACGCGCAGAACGGGAAGACCCCAUCGCCUGCGUUGGUCAAUACAGAUGCCCCCCUUCCGCAUUUUGAGGGUAUAACUCCAGCCAAGACUGGUGACUCGCCUGCCACAGGGUUGAUCACGGCUCCAGUUGCUGCACAGAUCACUGGAACGGAGCCAUCACUCACGAACGAGGAUAGAGCUAAAUAUGCCGGCAUGUUCAUGGGCUGUGGGCCGAUCGGAGGCCUACUUGAUGGCGACAAGGCACGCGAAGUGUUUCUCAGGUCCAAGUUGCCUGUCGACAAGCUUAGCCAAAUUUGGUCUCUUGCUGACACGAAAUCGCGAGGAUCAUUGGAUAUCGGCGACUUUACAAUUGCCAUGUACUACAUUCAACACACCAUGGAUGGGUCUAUCAAGACACUACCCACCACUCUUUCACCAUCCAUUUUGAAAGCAUGCACUGGGGUUUCUACCGGAGUCGGAUCGAUUUCCUCUCCCGUCCUGAGUGCACAAACGCUAUCGCGUCAAGUAACGGGCAACAACAUGGCGAUCCACAAUCCUGCCAUCGCCAGACAAAUGACUGGGUCUGUUAGCCUGACAUCAAGUCCCCUCGCAAAACAGAAUACUGGGGGCGCAAAUAAUUUGUUCGGGGGGUCUUCAUCGACAGACGUGCCGUGGGAUAUCACUCCAGAGGAGAAGGUCAAAUUCGACCGCUUCUUCGAUCAAUUGGAUAAGAGCGGCACAGGUGUUGUUGGAGGCGAAGAAGCAGGCAAGUUCUUCUUGAAUUCGAGACUGCCGGAAUCGGUCUUGGCGCAAAUCUGGGAUCUCGCCGACAUCACAGGAUCCGGCAGUCUGUCCAAAGAUGAGUUUGCUGUUGCCAUGCUUCUCAUUAACAGGAAAAACGCGACCGGUGCUCCAAUCCCCAAGACCCUGCCCCAGUCUCUUGUCCCACCGUCAUUGCGCAAUCGAAUCCCCUCGUCUCUAUCUUUCCCAUCCCAGGAACCUUUGCGUAACAUGACUUUGCCAUCAAACUCUUCCUCACAGCAAUUCAGGCGCCAGUCAUUCGAUCUCUUGGGUGAUGGCCCCAUGUUGACAACUUCCAUUAGUGGUACGAGUGUGCCACAGAUGGAUAAGGAUCUGAUAGGCGCAGAGGACUUGACAAGCAAAAUUACAUCAGAAACUGGCGAAUUGGCCUCGAUGCAGAAUCAAAUCAACAAUCUCAGCAAGGUCACAGGCGACUUGCAGGCCAAGCGCGCCGUCCUCGAAAAUAACCUCUCGGCGCUUUCUGCUCAGAAACAGGACAUCAGCAUCCGUCUUAACCAGAUUAAGACGCUACACGAAAGCGAAUCAAAGUCGAUUAAGGACCUCGAGAACGCCCUCACAUCGAUCCAGCCACAGGUGAUGAAGUUGCGUGACGAACUGUCGGCUUCGGAGAGGGAACUUGCUACCGCUCGCGCUGACAAGGAUGAAUACCUGCUGUCAUUGGCCAAGGAUCAGGAGGAGAACAAUCAGAUCCGAACGCGACUUCGUCAGAACAAUGAAGAGGUCGCCAAGCUGAGAAAGGACCUGGAGGCCAAGAAGGCCGAAACCAGUCGCCAGAAGGGAUUGCUCCAGAUUGCGCGCAGUCAGCUCGCUACCAGCGAAGCUGACAAGCAAAAGCUGACCAAUGAUAUUGCGCACGAGUCCGAGCAAGCAGCUCAGGUAGCUAAGGAUAUCCAAUCUCUAGCUUUGGAAGCUACCCCUGCUUCUUUCACCUCUCCAGCGUUAUCCUUACCAUCAGCCAUACCACCGCCGCCUGCCCCCCGUGGCUCUAGAAAGGAACCCCCGCCUCCGCCAGCCAGCCGCGGCACUGCUGCCCCUACUGCUUCAUGCGUGUCAGCCGAGGAAGAGGAAGCGUUUGGUAUUCCAGAGGCCCUCCGUAGUCCUACAGGCAGCUUCCACAGCAUUCCUUCAUCAAGGAUGGGCGCACCCGUCACUAUCAGCCGCCAAUCGACAGGAUCGUCCCCAUUUGAGGCAAUCCCUCGACAGGGCACCGGCUCGUCUCCUUUCGAGACGAUAUCGAGACAGGGAACAGGCUCAUCUCCAUUUGAACCGAUCGCUCUCCAGGGUACAGGUAUGAGUACCAAGGCGUCUUCGAUCUCAAAUGUGGGUGAGAAUGAACUCUGGUCACCAAUGACUCAUGCUGGCCAAGCAAAGACGGUUGGGCAGCCUGAAGUCACCAUGUCCCCAGAUCCUGAGACUCCUCAAUUUCCUCAGCAGGACUCUAUGCUUGCCCUUGCGGCCAGACAGGCGCUUCCUAUGUCGCCUCCUAUUUCGCAGGAUCCGUUUGGAUCAAUAUCCUUCCCCGCGAUGGACACGCCUCCUGUAACCAAGAUGGAUUUUGACUCUGCCUUUCAAGAUUUUGCGACCUCCAAGCCCUCGCAGAGCGGUGGCAUGGAUGGCGUUAAGUCGGCGGAGGCCUUUGCGGAGGCCUUCCCGGACAUUGGCGCAGAUGGAGACAAGUCCAGGCGCGUGAGUGCCUUUGGGUUCGAGGAUGAUUUUAGCGGACCAUCUCCAUUCAACCAAAGUCUGGAAAAGAGCAAGGGGGAUUACGAGUUCCCACCCAUUGUUGAAAUGUCCCAUCCAGAUGAUGAUUCAAGCGAUGAUGAGUCGAACGACGAUAUUGCAGACACGUUCGAGCAGACCAAGAGCUCUAUUGUGUCUCCAGAACCAUUGCCCAUCCCUACACCAAUUGAGGCUACCGCUUCUGCAGCAGCAUUAGAGUCCAAGAAGGAGCCAUCUGCUCCCAUUGUUGCUCCAGUCUCGACCGGCUCUCCAUCGACAAGGACCAAAAAGUUGAAGGCAGCCGAUUUCAGUGAGUUUGAAUCAUCAUUCAGAGGAUCGAGCGACGACCUUGAUUCUGCCUUCAAGGGAAUCGAAUUGGCUGCGCCUAAAGUGAGCAGUGGUGCUGUCGGCAACAUGGCAGGAUUUGACGAUGGUUUCGACUUCAAUGCAUCGUUCGAUGAUGCAUUCGGAUCAUCAUCGCCGCCUGGGAGCAACUCUCAAGCACCAGUAGUGAAAACAACGUCCAGCACAUUGCCUGCCUCCGGCGCAUUCGGAACUAUUGAUCUGGAUGAAGCAUUUGGAGGAUUUACUGCGUCGAACUCUGCUCCCGCACCUGCGGCUGGGGGCACUGGAUCAAGCGCAUUUGAACAUAAAUUCGAUGACUUUGAGGCAGAAUUUUCGCCAUCCAAUUCGCGUCCUACAUCCUCUGCAGUGACAGCGGCAGCAGUAACAACACCGGUAGCAUUAGCGGUUCCUUCUCAUAGACCUGCUCCAGCGACUCCGAAGCCGAUAUCCAGCGCGAUUGAUAUAUUGGCAACAUCCGCACCGGUACCCCCGCAAGUCCCCAUGGCAGGCGUGGAUGAGUUGAUCAACAUGGGCUUUACACGACAGCAGGCGGAGGACGCGCUUUUACGGUACGACAAUGUUGAGCGCGCAGCCAACUUUUUGUUAGAGGGCGGACAAUAAGAUGGUAAUGUGUGAAAGGAGCAGCCGAGCUGGCACUUAGCGGUCGACGCACGACACUCUGUCCCUACAGUCCUGUUGUUCCGAAUCAAGUACCGAUCAUGGUAUAGAUGAUUAUACAGCAACGACGACGCAACACGACACGACAUGACAUGAAAAUGAAAAUAAGCGAAAUAACGAUAGAGCCCAAAAGCACUCAACAGUAAUAAAAGUGGUCAAAUGAAGAGCGACAAUUUAAUUU